AUAUAAUAUUAAUAUAAUAUAAAUAUAAUACUGACUUUAGUCAACGACUAAAAUUAGUUUGUUAAAUUAGUCAUAUUAAAUGCAUUUAUAUAACAGAUGUCAUUUGUACUGAUAAUUCAAAAAUAUCCAUUUUCAAGGAGCGAUACUUGCAACUCUCGCGAGAACUUCUUCUUAUGACCCAGAUUACUAUGGCUACCCAGAGGUUAGCUCGUUAGCUUGUUAGCUAAGACAUUGCUGAUUACUGAUGGAUAGGGUUUGCUCUACACCGUAUUGACUUAUUCAUGCAUCUUUUUCUAGAGUAAAUGACACGCAUACAUCGCUGGUUGUUCCAUAAUAAAGUCGGCAUAGACAGAAAGUAUGUCAGUUAUUAGCCAGUAAACCAAGUUAGCAUUGAAGUAGCAGGCAAAGCUGCGGGGACAUCUCGUUAGCAACGGUGGCAGGUACCGUAGCAACAGCAGACGCUUCCAGAGCAUGCUGACAGCUGAGUCGCCUAAUCUACAGGGAAUCAACAGAGCAAGCAGACACCAUGAGAUUGAAGACCUCACUGCUACAGGAACCCAAACAUAAGGAACUUGUGAGUUGUGUUGGCUGGACCACAGCUGAUGAGCUGUACUCAUGCAGUGAGGACCACCAGAUCCUCAAGUGGAACCUGCUGACCAGUGAGACCAAUCUGGUUGUCAAAUUACCAGAGGACAUUUACCCCGUUGACCUACACUGGUUCCCCAAGACCGUUGGUGGCAAGAAACAGAACCAGACGGAGAUCUUUGUCCUUACCAGCACUGAUGGGAGGUUCCACCUGACCUCCAAGAUAGGGCGCGUUGAUAAGAGUGUUGAAGCACACAAGGGAGCGGUUUUGGCUGGAAGGUGGAACUAUGAUGGGACUGCUCUUAUUACAGCUGGAGAGGAUGGGCAGAUCAAGAUCUGGUCAAAAAGUGGGAUGCUACGCUCAACACUAGCUACCCAAGGGUCUCCUGUGUAUUCUGUGGCCUGGGGUCCAGACUCAGACAGAAUCCUCUACACAUCAGGAAGACAGCUGGUCAUCAAGCCUUUGCAACCCAGCGCCAAAGUCACACAGUGGAAGGCUCAUGAUGGGGUUGUUCUGAAGGUGGACUGGAGUUCAGUUAAUGACGUCAUACUGUCAGGUGGAGAAGACUGUAAAUAUAAGGUAUGGGACAGCUUUGGUCGUCUGCUUUACUCCUCCUCGUCUCAUGACUACCCGAUCACCUCUUUGUCCUGGGCUCCAGACGGAGAGGUGUUUGCCGUGGGCUCCUUCAACACCCUGCGACUCUGUGACAAGACUGGAUGGUCCUAUGCGUUGGAGAAGCCCAACACAGGCAGCAUGUUCAGCUUGGCCUGGUCUGCAGACGGCACCCAGCUGGCUGGGGCCUGCGGCAAUGGGCAUGUCAUCUUUGCCCAUGUGGUGGAGCAGCACUGGGAGUGGAAGAACUUUGUGAUCACCCUUACCAAGAGGAGAACCAUGCAGGUGAGGAAUGUGAUGAACGAUGCAGUGGACGUACUGGAGUUUCGAGAUCGAGUCAUCAAAUCCUCUCUGGCAUACGGUCACCUAGUGGUCGCCACUUCCCUCCAGUGCUAUGUCUACAACUCAAGAAACUGGAACACUCCCCUCAUCUUUGACCUGAAGGAGGGAACCGUGAGCCUCAUCCUGCAAGCAGAGAAACAUUUUCUGCUCGUGGACGGAGCAGGGUUGUAUACAUUCUCCUACGAGGGUCGAUCGAUAUCCUCCCCCAAGUUCCCUGGUAUGAGAGCUGACAUCCUAAAUGCCCAGGGCGUCUCGCUUAGCAACGACACCAUCGCCAUCCGAGACAAGAGCGAUGAAAAAGUCAUCCUUCUCUUUGACGCCCUAACCGGGAAAGCCCUUGGCGAUGGCAAGUCCAUGACUCACAAGCUGGAGGUGGUGGAGAUAGCUCUGGACCAGUGCGGCCCAUCUAAUGAAAGGAAGAUUGCCCUGAUAGACAAGAACCGUGACCUUUACUUGACCUCUGUGCGUCAUCUUGGGCGAGAACCCAAAAUCUGCAAAAUUGGUAGCAUGGUUCACAGUAUGGCAUGGAACGAUGCCGCUAACAUCCUGUGCGGUAUCCAAGACAACCAGUUCACAGUGUGGUACUACCCGAGCGCCGUCUUCACUGACAAGGAACUGCUGCCAAAAACACUGUACAUAAAGGAUGGCAGUGAGUUCAGCCGUGCACCCCACAUUCUGAGCUAUGUCGGCACCAAGGUGACGUUACGCCAAGGGGACGGUUCACUGGUGUACAGCGGUGUACCUCCCUACCCGGCCCUCCUGCACGAAUACAGCACCUCUGCACGCUGGGAGGACGCACUGCGCCUCUGCCGCUUCGCCAAGGACCAAUCUUUGUGGGCAUGUCUUGCUGGUAUGGCAAUGGCAAACAGGGAGUUGACCACAGCGGAGAUGGCCUAUGCUGCCAUUGGAGAGUUGCCUAGAGUGCAGUACAUCAACUUUAUAAAGGAGCAGCCGUCUAAGGAGUCGUCUUUGGCCCACAUGCUGAUGUUCAGUGGGCAGGUCCAAGAGGCCGAGGCCACACUGUUACAAGCUGGUCUCAUCUACCAAGCCAUACGAGUCAGCAUUGACCUUUUCAACUGGGAGAGGGCACUGGAGCUGGCAGUCAAACACAAGACCCACGUGGACACCGUGUUGGCCUAUAGAGGGAAGUUCCUAGAGACAUUUGGCAGGAAGGAGACCAAUAAGAGAUUCCUGCAGUACGCCGAAGGGGUCGAGGUGGACUGGGAGAAAAUCCAGGCGAAGAUAGAGAUGGAGUUGUCUAAAGAGAGAGAGAAAGCCGCCAACACCUCUGUGAGGAGCAGCGUGGCCUCACGACGUUAAUGUUCAGGGGAACCUUUCUCUAAAACAUCCGCUCUGCAGAAAAAAUUGAUUCCCAUUUGCUUUUGACAUUUGGUGAAUAUUAAGUGGUUUGACUCAGCCUCGGAGUAAUAAAAAUGUCUCUAUACUUGAGGUAAAAUGGGUCCCAUUAGUUACAAGUAAAUUAACUUCAAGCAAAAACAAAAGGGAACAUUUGGAGAUGGCAUUCUGUUACUGUGGGUGGAUGAUAUGUAUAUUGAUAAGAGUAUCUAUAUUUCUCAGCAACAACACCAUUAUGGCCUUUUUCUCAUAUCGGCUUCUCAGUCAUUUCAGUGUGUCAAGUUCAAAGUUGAUUGUAAUCUUUUUCCAUUAGUCAAGAUUAACUUGAUAUGCUCAGUCAUGCACGAAUGUAUUGCUGUAUUUUUUGUCAGUGAUGUUUGACUCUGUGUUUUUAUAUGGAUAGAUAUUUCUACAGUUUAUAUAUUCAAAACUUUGUCUUUGUGUAAACACUAAAAUGAAUGUCAGUUAAUAAAGCUGAUGGAAAUACUGUA